UUGGGAAAGCAAACACGUGAAUGCAAGCAUUGAAAUUGAUCGCGAUGCCAAACAAAAACCAAGCCCGUUUUGUAAGACGCGGGGAAGCGUUACUUACACAAACGCUGACCCGGGAACGAAGAUCUAUGGCCCCCUCUGUGACAUCACAGACAAGAGAGUUUUAUUUCAUUUGCGGGGGUGUAUAUAAGCGGCAAGCCUCCAUCCCAGCAAGCCAAGCCAUCAUCUUCUCUUAUAUCUUCAUCUUUGUUGCGUCCAUCUUUCUCUCGAAUCCCAUCCAUGGCUUUUGCGAAGUCUGUGCUGCUCAUGCUCCUGGUGCUCGCCAUGGUUGCAACGCUUGCUCGCGCGCAGUGCUCCCUACCCAAUCUCCAGGACAUUGUGACUUGCAUCAACAACGCUAUGGGCGAUCCAACCAAAAUCGCCGAGUGCUGCAGUCGCUUGCCCACUUGCGCUUGCCGCAUCCCCUUGGUGAAACGACUCCUCCCUCAGUGCUGCCCUUGAGCUUCAACGUUCAAAGGGAAAAGGAGCGCAGCUGCAGUCCAAGUUUACAUACUCGUGAAUAA